AAAGCCGCGUUUAUAAGUAAGAAAUAAAACGUACUGAACGUUUUUUCUUUCAUGAAAACGAACAUUCGAUGAUGGCCGCGCGUUUGUGUGUGUACGUUUUCGUGAUAUACGCGACUUUACAGAAUGUCACAGGAAAGCCAUUCUUCGGUGUCGGUUUCUGGUGCGAUUUGUUCUGCGACGAGGAUUACUCUUCGACAUCCAGUUCUGACGAUUACGAUUACUGUGACGACUGCACUCCCCGGAGACGGACGACCACCACAGUAUCUCCUGCCCCAGCACUUAUGCUCCCAAAUUUGAUGCUAUCAGCCCAAAAUGGGCUUAAUAUGACAAUAUCACAAGUGAGUGGAGCAUAUCAGGUCAGCAUGAUUCCGUUCGUUUCGCAAUCGGGGGCCACGAUGGGAACAGCUGCUGGAGCUGCUCAGCCGGUUCCAGCUGCAACGAAUCCCGAGCCAGCUGUGGCGGCUCCGCCCGCACCGGCACCUGCAGCGGCGGCACCUGCAGCAGCAGCACCUGCGGCGGCGGCACCUGCAGCGGCGGCACCUGCAGCGGCGGCACCUGCAGCAGCGGCACCUGCAGCGGAAACUCCAGCUCCAGCGGCUGCAGGAGCACCAGCGGCUGCAGGAGCACCAGCUGCCGCAGCGACUCCAGCUCCGGCGGCGGCGGCGCCGGCUGCUGCGACGCCUGCACCGGGAAAAUAAAUUUAAUCUUGUGUGAUUUUUAUAUUUAUUUUUUAUAAAUACUUGAAAGCGAUUAUACACAUGAUAUAGUAAUAAAU